UAAAAAAGGAGCGUCGGACUAAUUAGUCAAACUAAUUUUUCACAUUGACCUGCUGGUUAUUAUUUAUAAAUGGUGAACUGCUGCAUUUGAUCUAAGAUUACCUCAACCAACCAUGAGACUUUUUCUGGAAUGUAUACUCAACAAGUUCAUCGCAAUGUUGUUCCUUCUGCACACACCGAGUCUUGCGAACACUACGACGCUGCCCAAAGCUUGGGUGCGGUACGGCAAGAGAUUAUCGAGAACAGAUCUUGAAAAUCCCUGCACCGGAAGAAUUUUUCAGAGGCUGGAAGUUGACUUCUCUUCCAUUCACGUGAGUGAUGACAUUUCUGCCAUUCAAGAGUUAGGACACGAUGUGAAGGAGGCAAGAAGACAGCUCCAGGGCCUGCUUAAUGGCUACUGUCGACGGUUAGGAUUCCACUUCCGUGGUGCUAGUCCCGGUUGCACUCGUGAGACAGAAGAAAUCCGUGCCAUCUUACACAGGUGGACUCACUCCCGUCUGGAUUUUUGUCGUAACUGCAAAUGCGUUACAGACCAACUAGAUGAGGACAGUGUACAAACGAAACUGUUGACGAUCUACUUUUAUCUACAAGAAAUGACUGUUAAGUUCGGUCUGCUUCAUCGUGUAGAAACUUCGUGCUCAAGACGCACCGAAAGCCCGUUUGACGAGCAACUGGACAGGUUCAUUUUCACGUACAUGCGCAGUCUCCUCUGCAAACUGAGGGGUCUUUUCACUGGGAGGCCUGCAGCACGUUUUUCGCACAGAAUAAACCAGGUCCACCAUCUUCUCUCUUUGAAUGACACUUGUAGUUAUCUUUCUAUUCAAAAUAGAGACAUCGAUCUAACUGGCCUUAUCAUCAUCUCGGAAUUAGAUUGCCUUUUGUCAGCCAUGGAUCAAGAAUGUACCGGCACUGAACUGACAUUACGUUCUUAUAGUCAGAAGAAAUGGAAAGGGAAGUUCAAACUUCCUCACCAACAAAAAUAUUUCUUCUAUUGAAAAUGUCUUAUUCCAAGAAUGUGCCGCGCCUAAAAAUCAUGAAAUUUUAACUGUCAAAUUAAGUCGCAGAUUCAGAAAUGUAAUGUACUUUGUAUUUUAGGUCAUAUCAAGUCUAAUAAAUGCA